GGCUCCUCCAACGUUCUUCAUUUUCAAACCCCAAAAGUCGUGUUCAAUUCAUCUUGAAGCUUUACACGUACAUACAAAUUCAAAACCAAAUUGAUCGGUUCCUCAAUGGAAGCAAUCAGAAAGCAAGCCUCCAGGCUGCGAGACCAGGUCGCUAGGCAACAGCAGGCUGUCCUGAAGCAGUUUGGAGCAUAUGGUGGUUCGGAUAAUGCAUCAACUGAUGAUGCUGAGCUCCAACAGCACCAGAAACUUGAAAAACUAUACAUAUCCACUCGAGCUGCUAAGCAUUUCCAAAGGGACAUUGUUCGUGGAGUUGAAGGCUACAUUGUUACAGGAUCCAAACAAGUUGAAAUAGGAACCAAAUUAUCAGAAGAUAGCAAGAAAUAUGGUGUUGAGAACACCUGCACUACUGGAAAUACAUUAUCAAAAGCAGCCUCCAGUUUUUCACGAGCUCGCGCUCAAAUGGAGAAAGAGCACGGAAAUUUAUUGAAAGCCUUGGGCACACAGGUGGCGGAACCAUUAAGAGCUAUGGUAAUGGGAGCUCCACUUGAAGAUGCUCGUCAUCUUGCUCAGCGAUAUGAUAGGAUGAGACAAGAGGGAGAAGCUCAGGCAGUUGACGUUGCCAGAAAACAAGCAAAAGUUAGAGAAGGUGCUGCCCAUCCUGACAUGGUUUUUAAACUUGAAGCGGCUGAAUCAAAAUUGCAAGAUCUAAAGUCCAAUGUGGCAACACUAGGGAAGGAAGCUUCUGCAGCUAUGGCUGCUGUCGAAGCUCAACAGCAAAGGCUGACUCUGCAACGGUUGAUAACCAUGGUCGAAGCCGAACGCGCUUACCAUCAAAGAGUCCUUCAAAUACUUGAUCAACUAGAAGGGGAGAUGAUGUCUGAGCGUCAACGAAUUGAAGCAGCUCCUACCCAUAGCACGGACACUUUUUCAGCUCCUCCCAUAUAUGAAGAAGUAAAUGAUGUAUCUACUUCACCAAUGCAGAAUGGUGCAACUGAUACCUUGGGAUACUUUCUUGGGGAGGUUGUACACGCAUAUCAAGCUGAAUCUGAUGUGGAGCUUAAUUUGUCAACUGGUGACUAUGUUGUCGUAAGAAAGGUCUCAAAUAAUGGUUGGGCUGAAGGUGAAUGCAAGGGGAAAGCAGGCUGGUUUCCUUUUGGGUACGUUGAGAGACGAGAUCGUGUUCUAGCAAGCAAGGUAGCUGAAGUUUAUUAAAUUGUUCUCUGCUAGUUUGGGCAGCCAAGCGCCACUCUAUUUGUGUAUUUGGAAGUUUUGCCCCCUACAUUAAGGAGUAUAUAUCUAUCUGUAUUGCUCCUUGGGGGUUUAUAUAGUUUCUUUUUCAGUUUUAGCAGAUGCUGUACUGCGAGUUGGUUUAAAGCAUUCUUUUUAUUUGUGUUCAUAGAUGUAUUACUCGGCUAUCCUAGUCACGAUUGAUCCUUUCUUGAAA